AUGUUCAAGUCCCUCUUUAUCCUCUCUGUCCUCGCCCUCGGCGCCUCCGCCCAGUCCUUCCCGGGCAUGGGCAGCAUCCCCGACUCGUGCAAGUCGCAGUGCAAGGAAGUCGCCUCCCUCGGCUCAAAGUGCACCUCGAUGGACGGCGCCUGUUUCAGUGACAUUUGCAAGAACGCGGACAAGUUCAAGCCCUGCCUCGAGUGUGCCAAGAUGUCGGACAUUUACGACUCGUUUGUCAGCUCGUGCUCGGCGCUUGGGACGGACGUCUCGGCCGCUGGAUCUGGCUCGUCGGGCUCAUCUGGCUCGUCUGGUUCUGGCAGCUCUGGUUCUGGCAGCUCGAGCGGCUCCGGCAGCUCCGGCAGCUCUGGCAGCUCUGGCAGCUCUGGCAGCUCCGGCUCCGCCUCUGGUAACUCGGGCAGCGCCGGCGCGCUUCACGUCUCCGUCGCCGGUGUCGCUGCUGCCGCCGUCGCUGCUGCGCUCUUCUAA